GAAGGGUUUACUGAAUAAAGCGCAAGAACCGUAGGGAUCGGAUACAAAGUCACCGGAGAGAGUAUCCGGCCAAACAUAUUUUAGGAUCGGAGAAUUAAGGGGUUUACCGUCACUGAAAAUGGCGGUGUCGCAGCCCAGCAGAUCAAGGGACCUCGACAAGCUUCUUCUCCGCCCCGGACACCUUGUUGGCCCGAAUUUUGAGCCCGGCGAGGAGCUUAGAGAGGACAUAAAAGAGUAUGUGAAAGUGUUGGUGGUGGGGGCAGGCGGGCUGGGCUGCGAAUUGCUGAAGGACCUGGCCUUAACAGGGUUUCGAAACCUAGAUGUAAUCGAUAUGGAUCGUAUAGAGGUCACGAACCUCAAUCGUCAGUUCCUCUUCAGGCUUGAAGAUGUAGGAAAGCCGAAGGCAGAAGUAGCUGCAAAACGAGUCAUGGAAAGAGUUAAGGGUGUUAACAUCGUCCCACAUUUCUGUCGUAUUGAGGACAAACCUUUGCAUUUUUAUAACGAUUUCAGUAUAAUUGUGCUUGGACUUGAUUCGGUUGAGGCUCGGAGCUACAUAAAUGGAGUCGCUUGCGGAUUUCUAGAGUAUGACUCUGAAGAUAACCCUCGGGAAGAAACAGUAAAACCUAUGGUAGAUGGUGGGACCGAAGGUUUCAAGGGCCAUGCCAGGAUCAUAAUACCGGGAAAGACACCAUGUUUUGAGUGUACCAUUUGGCUGUUUCCUCCACAAGUGAAAUUUCCUCUGUGCACUUUAGCAGAAACUCCAAGAACUGCUGCUCAUUGUAUUGAAUAUGCACACCUGAUUAAAUGGAACGAGGUUCAUGGUGACAAAAGUUUCGAUCCUGAUAACCCCGAAGACAUGCAAUGGGUUUACACCGAGGCUGUCAAGAGGGCUGAACUUUUCGGGAUUCCAGGAGUUACUUAUACUUUGACUCAGGGCGUGGUGAAAAAUAUAAUUCCUGCUAUAGCUUCCACGAAUGCUAUUAUUUCGGCUGCAUGUGCUCUGGAAACCUUGAAGCUUGUCUCUGGAUGCAGCAAGACAUUGUCAAACUAUUUAACGUACAAUGGUGUUGCAGGUCUUCAUACCAAAGUUACGGAGUUUGUUAGGGAUGGAGACUGUCUUGUCUGCGGUCCUGGUGUUCUUAUUGAGUUAGACAAGGCGGUUACUCUUAAAAAGUUCAUCGAUCAAUUGGAAGAUCACCCUCGGCUGCUCCUCAGUAGGGUGAGCGUGACAUCCGGUGGGAAGAAUUUGUAUAUGCAGGCACCUCCAGUACUAGAAGAGAUGACUCGAUCAAACCUGGAUCUACCUCUAUAUGAUCUAAUGGGCGAAGUCCCCAAGGAUGUUGUUAAUGUUACCGGAAUGACCGGAAAGGGUGAUAAGAAGCAAUCUUGUUCAAGAAAACUGCGAAUUGUAUUCAAGGGAGUCGACAGAGUUACAGACAUUGACAUGGCCGGUGGGGCGUAAUUAUCUUGGUAUGAUGAUUCUUGAAUCAACAUGCAUAAUAUUAAACGUACGUCUGUUUCCCAUUUCAUUAUUUUCCCAAGCGUAUGUGAAAAUUCUUCUGAAGUAGUAGGAAACAGAGACGCCGAAUUCCGAGCCUUUCUUUGUAACAUCCUUUCAUAUUUCACUUAUGAUUUAGUAUCAAUGAAACUAAAUUUUUGCUGCAAUCUUUGAAGAAUCUUGAUAUGCAUAUUCUUAAUGUUAUUUAAUUCUUUUAAUUUCA